AUGAACGCCCCGAAAGAACCUAAAGUCAAAACUCCCACCAUUGAAGCUUAUGACGACACCACUGACCCAGACAUGCACCUAGUUGCAUACCUUCACCACAUGUAUGUCAAAGGAACCAAUGAGGCCACGUGGUGCAAAUAUUUUCCAGCCACCCUUAAAGGAGUGGCGUCCAAAUGGUUUAAACGACUGCCCCCGGGAUCAAUUGCCUCUUUCAACGAGCUACAUACCUUGUUCUCCACCAGGUUCAUGGCAUACAAGGAAGGAAGGAAAAUAAGCAUGCACUUGGGACGCAUUCAACAAGGAAAAGAUGAGUCGUUGAGAAGCUAUGUUAAGCCCUUCAAUCUAGAGGCCGGACAAAUCCCAGAUCUGCGCGAUGGCGUCUCCUUCGAUAAUUUUAUCAGAGGAUUGAAGAAAGGGUCAUUCAAGUUUGACUUGGUUAAGAAGAGUGUCCGGACUAUGGCUGAAGUCUUGGACGAGGCUGAAGCAUUUAUCCAUGCAACAGAAAUAUGCAGUGCGUCCAAGGAUGGAAAGGCUGGUGAGGCGACAGAUUCCUCAGGGAAGAAAGAGAAGAUAGACAGGAAAGCCCCACGGGUAAAUGGUACUUGUGCUCUUUCGAAAGAGCAUGAUACCAAUUCUCCUGGACAAAGGAGAAGACGUCCAUAA